AUGGCGAUAGAGGGGGAGCAGCAGGCAGGGGGCUUUGAAGAAGCAGCUCUAGCCGGAUCAUCAACCAGGUCCACAUCACACACAUCUAGAAUAGUUAUUCAGAAAGUAGUAGAGGUCGUAGCUACAUUAUCCGACUACAAAAGAUUUUUGGUAGAGGAGAUUGGUUUUGAGGGAGUACUGCGCAUCCCCAUGAUACCGAAAAUCAACUUGAAGUUUAGCAAGUUCCUCAUGAGUAAGGUCGAUCUCAAAGACCACUGCAUCAUCUUGAGAGAUGGGGGAAAGCCAAUUAAAUUUCACCCAGAGGAUUUCCACAAAGUUUUUGGCAUCCCAUGCGGGCAACGAGAUAUACAUGGAACAGACGCACACAUCACAAGUGAAGCAAUUGAUUUCAUGAGGAACUCCAUAGGAUGGACAGACAAAUCCGAUCGCAGUUUAAGCUCGCUCGAAGCGUUCAUUUGCAAGGAAAUAAAUGAACUAUCUAGCCGUUUAGAGAAGGAUUGCUUCAAGAUGGCGUUCGUCGUCUUCGUGAUGGGUCUACUGGAAGCAGUUCGAAAACUGAAGCUGGAAACAGAUGCAGACAUAACUCUGGACCACCUCUCCGGGUGUCAUCUAUUUCUUCAGGUUUUCGUGCUGGACAAUGUUGAGUUGGGCAUUAUGAACUUAAAGCAAACUACCAUGCCACGGAUACAAUUGUUCGAUGGAGCGACCCUGAAAUGGAUGAUCCUCGUGUGCUCAGCAAGAAAGCUAGGGAAAACAAUUUUUAUUGUACCGGAGGCAAGACAUUGGAACGCCAUGUGCUACACUUGGCACAACUACCAAAACGAGAUCCACAUGAAGAAGAAGGCAAUCGAGACCAAGGCUGAACGCACACACAAUGAUGGUGUGCCGUCUAGACUCAACGCCAACAUAGUCGGAAGACGGCUGGAGUUGUCAUCUCCAUCCCCAACGACCAGCCAACGCGACCAGUCGGCUGUCAUACCCAUUGCGGAUCAGCUAUCCACCACACCGACCAGAUGCCAAAAGCGAUCAAGGAUAGACGAUGCGGCUGAUGCACCACCAUUUGAUCUCGACAUAGACGGCGACAGUGAAGCCAGCACGCCCAUCAAGAAAGAUGGAAAUGGCAGCCCGCUUUCACCUACAGCGGCAACUAAGGCAUACUGUGACAACCUCGUUGGACAACUAAUGAUGCUCAAUGAUGAGAUCGGGGACACCGAGGGGCACACUGUGUUUGGACAAGUGAAUGGUAUGCCUAUUAUCAAAACCAAGGUUGCUCACACCAAGUUCACAGAAGACCCAUGGUCCAGUAACCGUACAAUGUGCACACAUGGUGAAGUUGUCCGGAAAGCCAUCAGGGACUGGAUGCGAUCAAGAACACAAUUCCACCUAUCAAGGGAUUGGGUAUCGCACCCUGCCCCGCGGUUUAUUGCUGUAAGUGGCAACGCCAUCAAGUCUCAAAUAUGCGACGGUGCUGAAAUCGACCACGAGCUCGGGUCCUUGAUCAUACGUCGGAUGGCACAGAUGGAGUCACAUGCUCACCGCGCCACCCCUGACGAACAAUACCGCUUGAUCCUCGAGCCCGACUUCUCGUCCCAUGCCAUUGCAGGAGAAAACACCACCAGAAUCAUGUCAAUACAAAGACAAUCCACUCGAGUAGAUGUCAAAUGCAAUAUUUCAAACUGCCGGAUGGUUACCAUCCCUGCAGUCAUGCAACAUGGGUGGUCUAGCUUCAAUUGAGACAUGAUGCACCAGAUGAUAACAAUAAUGGAUCCAAUGGCAUACCAGACAGAGGACGCGAACCGAAAAACAUGUCUCAUGUACGCGGCCGAGAAGCUCCAUCAAGCUCUUUUCGAUUGCAUUGAAGAAUUCUUCACCGAGUGGCACUGUGGCCGGACGAGUUGGACGAACAAGACCCCUCUCUUGUCAACCACAACAUUUACAAGGCAAGAGAGUGCCAUGUGUGUCGUCCACCUACUUCGGCAAUUCAAAGGGAACUCGUUGGCGAAACCGCUCACCAGGGCAACUAUUGCCAAUGAAAGGGAUUCAAUCAUCAUUGAGAUGAUACACAUGGAAGGCAACACCGCUUCCCUCCAGCUGGAAGGUCUUGACACGGUCGCCAAUGCCCUAAACGAGACGGUGGCAGAUUCAGGGGUCUAGUCCUAAUGUAGUCACGAGGAAACUGAAAUAAAUAAACACCCCUUGUGUGGUAGAGAUCCAUUGUGUGUUCAUCUCCACAUGUUCUACAAUCUGUAAUAAAAUGGUGGUUUUUUUCACAGUAUGCACUAAACUAGAUUUCCACAAAACCCACCCAAAAUUUUCGGGGCCGUGUGACAGUACUACUUUAAGUGUUUUUGGCCUGAUGACAUCUGAUUUGCAGAACUA